CAGAAACAGGGAAGCACAGAAUAACACAGAAACGAGUCAUAGGUGAAGGUCUGAAGGAUUUUAAAACAGUUUUAUCGCCUAUUUACACUCCAAGACCAGUUGAUAUCAGACGAUAUUGCACAGGGACGCGCAGGUAUAAUCCGCACGGCUUUGUGCUGAUCACAAGCUAUAGACACCCCACGACCAAACCCGGGGAGGAAUCCUUUCUACAUACUGGGCUAAGCGAAGAGAGGAGAGAUCAUCAGAGACUCGAGUCUACACAGGGUGUGAGGAGAGGAGAGAGAGGAAGAGGAAGAGGAAGAGGAGUGCACUUUUCCAGGUUGGAGCUGUCCGUUUAGAACCAAGACAUUGGACUGCGUCGCUUUUUUUUCCCUAAACACUCUGUUCACCACUGUUCUGUGGUUUCACAUCCGCUAGGAUCUUUCACCGAAGAGCAUUAUGACGUUGGAGUGCAUGCUUUUUGGAGAAUCGGUUCACGUGUUCGUGGGAGCUUCUUCCUUGGCGCCGAGUGUUUUAUUUUCCUAACCGCUAUCAUAUCGUUAUCGAAAAGAGAUUUACAUAAGCUAUGCGUAAUUGGAGACACGUUUUAGAGUUGCACGACUGUCACUGAUCGCGUGCAUAAUCCUUUCCGUCUAGUGCAACCUCUCUUUAACCGGUUCACCCAUUGCGCGCAUGUUUCCACCGGGUCGGUGCGCGUUGCCUCGCCCGAGCUUUAGGAUGUAACACCCGGCCCUCGCUCGCGACAUGCCCGAGCGACGCGAUGGUCCAAGGCGACGAGAAAGACCGAGUUGUGAUUAACGUCGGGGGGAUCCGGCACCAGACCUAUCGCAGCACCCUGCGCACUCUGCCGGGGACGCGUUUGGCCUGGCUCGCCGAGCCCGACGCCCAUAGCCACUUCGACUACGACGCGCAUGGAGACGAGUUUUUCUUCGACCGACACCCGGGCGUCUUCGCGCACAUCCUUAACUACUAUCGAACGGGGAAGCUGCAUUGCCCAGCGGACGUGUGCGGCCCGCUUUAUGAAGAGGAGCUCGCCUUCUGGGGCAUCGACGAGACGGACGUGGAGCCGUGCUGCUGGAUGACAUACCGACAACACCGCGAAGCCGAGGAAGCCCUGGACAGUUUCGGCGGCGGGCCCGCCGACAUGGGCAGCGACGAGGUGGAUGGAGACGGUCUGGGCGAAUCCGGGGACGGCGACGACGAGCUGGAAAUGACCAAGAGGCUCGCGCUCGGGGACACGACCGAUGCCAAGACGGCUGGACUUUGGCAACGAUGGCAACGUCGCGUCUGGGCGCUCUUCGAGGACCCUUACUCUUCUAAAUAUGCAAGGUGGGUGGCGUUCGCCUCUCUGUUCUUCAUCCUGGUGUCCAUAACCACAUUCUGCCUGGAGACACACGAGGCCUUCAACCCCAUUAUCAACCGCACGGACGUUGAUCCACAGGACAACAACAUCACACGAGUCUAUCAGGAGACUGAGACAGAGGUCUAUCUCACUUACAUCGAGGGCGUGUGCGUGGUAUGGUUUACCUUCGAGUUCCUCAUGCGCAUUACGUUCUGUCCUGACAAAAAGAAGUUCAUCAAAAAUACCCUCAACAUUAUUGAUUUCGUGGCCAUCCUGCCUUUUUACUUAGAGGUGGGUCUGAGCGGCCUGUCCUCCAAGGAGGCUAAGGAUGUGCUAGGGUUUCUGCGAGUAGUCCGAUUUGUGCGCAUCCUCCGAAUCUUUAAACUGACACGCCAUUUUGUGGGUCUGCGUGUGCUUGGGCAUACACUUCGUGCCAGCACUAAUGAGUUCCUCCUUCUUAUCAUCUUUCUUGCCCUUGGAGUGCUCAUCUUUGCCACCAUGAUCUACUAUGCUGAGCGUAUCGGAGCCAAACCUAAUGACCCCCGCGCCAGUGAGCACACGCACUUCAAAAACAUCCCCAUCGGAUUUUGGUGGGCUGUGGUCACCAUGACUACUCUGGGUUAUGGAGACAUGUAUCCACAAACAUGGUCAGGCAUGCUGGUGGGUGCACUGUGUGCCCUGGCUGGCGUGCUCACCAUUGCCAUGCCUGUCCCAGUCAUCGUCAAUAACUUUGGGAUGUACUACUCACUGGCUAUGGCAAAGCAAAAACUACCAAAGAAAAAGAACAAGCACAUCCCACGUGCCCCACAGCUGGGCUCGCCAAAUUUCUGUAAGUCAGGCACGAACUCGCCCCACCACAGCACACAGAGUGACACAUGCCCGCUGGCUGCCCAGGACGAGGUUUUAGAAAUGAACCGAGCAGAUCCCAAACUGAAUGGCGAGGCGGCUAAGGCAGCGCUGGCCAACGAAGACUGUCCACACAUAGACCAGGCCAUUUCUCCCGAGGAUGGACAGAUUUUUAGCCCCUGCGAACCACGGGGGGAAACUCCAUGUUUCCUUCUAAACAUGACCGGCCGAGCCACACACCCUGGCGCCAGAGUGAGAAAAGCUGGAACAUUCUCAGGGAGGGCAGGGGGGGAGCCGGCUGGUCCUACGCUAGGCUACCCGCUGUUGCAGCUAGGGUGGACACACAGCCAGGAGGAUGGCCAUGCCAGAGUCACCACCUGACUACCAGCCCCACUUGAAUCACAAAUAGCAAAGCCUUUUAGGACUAAGCAUUAGUAUCUACGAACACCCUCCAUCCCGUGCAGCUUGAGAGUUCCCUGUCAUAUUUAAACAAUAUUUACAUCAGUAUAGGGAAAUACCGCUUGUACACACUCACUCAUCUGCAGCCAGCCUAAAUGCAAGACUGUUUAGAUGGGAAUUUGUCAGCUUGUUAGCUUUCAGCUACAAAGCCAGAGGCAAGGUGUAGGUCAUAGAUGAACAUCUUGAGUAAAAAAGCUUUUAGCAAGAUCUUUUUAUUCCUUGUAGCCGAACUGGAAAUGGUCAUAUAUCUAUGUAUAAUAUUCUAAACCGGGGCUACAUAAGAUCAAUAAAAGUCGAACCAGAGUGUCAUCAAUAGCCAAGCAAUAGCACUGUCUCUCUGUGUCUUGUGUCCGGCUCUGUGUGAGCAUGCUCUGUUUAAUUUCACAUUUCCACAUUUAGAAACACCAUAAGAACAAUCAACAGCAACAAACCACACACUCUUCUCCUACACACACGGUAUAUUUCGGUCUCAGUUUGCUGUUUAAAAUGUGUUGAAUGUGUUUGUAAGAGCUUUUGUUAGUGUGAAAGUAUUUUUAUGUGCAUAUGUAGGCAUUGUGAACUAAUGUGUUUGUGUGUGUGUGUGUAUGUGUGUGUGUGUGUGAAAAAGAGAGCGAGAGAGAGAGUUCAAGUAUUUUUAGAUGUUUUAUGGCGAGUUUUGUGUGAUGCAUGUUUUGGGCCAGUUAAUGGGUGUCCCAGCAUGCUUUGUCCUUCUGCUGCUAGGGCUGGUAUUGGUUGGGAGGAAGAGGUCCUUUAAAGAGUAUAUAAACAGAAAAGAUAUAAAACAGGUAGUAAUUAACAGGCAAAUGAUUUAAGUGUUGAUAUUAAUGACAGCCAUAAUAGUCACUUCCUGUAACUUUUCGGGCAUAAGCAGAUCUUUCUGGGCAGUCGUAAGAGGAAUUCAAUACUACUUUUACCAAGGAAUUGUUGGGCCAUAUCUACUAAUGCUAUGCAGCAGGUCUGCUUGAUAUUGCAGACAGUUUGUUAUACAACACUGUGGAUUUACUGCAACACUUAUAGUGUAUGGUGAUUGAGGUACUCAUUUACACAUCCUUAAUGGAGCACCUAUUAAACUGACCAUAACCAUUACAGUGGCUAUAAUUAGGACUUCUCUCAUGCCUAGUCCAUACUAACACCAAUAAUGACAUUUAUAAAUAGGUGUCUAACAUAAAGGUGAAAUACAGGACACAAGGGUGUGAAUGCAGUAGAUGCUUUCCUGAGGGAAAUAGGCAAAAUAUAGGCAGGCAGUGUUAAAUGGGGAUAAUAAGCACUCUGUGCCAAAAUAGGUGAAGGUUAAGUAUUAGGCCUACUGGAAACUAAAACACAACACACACACAACCUUUGCAAUGCUUAAAAAAACAAACAAAAAUACAUCACGUUAUGUAUAUCCACAGAUCAGCCAUUAUACAGUAUUAAAACUCAAAACAUUAAGCCAAAUAUUGUGUGGGUUUCUGUUACUGGGACGUUAAUGGCAGUUUGGGUACUAUGGGUUGUGGGGUGUGGCCUCCAUAUAUGUUGCAGGUUGGAUAAGUGGUUUGCCUGCUAAGCCCCAUACAUGGCAGGCUGAAAUGCUCUGGGUGUUCAGGCACCUUUCUAUCAUAGCCAGCAUUUGCUUUUAUGUGGGAUCGGACCGGACAGGCUGGCCUUUGGUGCCCAUGAUCCUGUCACUAGUUUACUGGAAUAUAAACAGUUUGGACAAACCUUCUAAUUCUAUGGUCUUUCCUAAUUUUUAUUUCCUUCACACUGUAAAGCAAUGCUGAAGGCAUCAAAAAUAUGCAAUAAUUUUCUUUCAACAGUUGAUACUGUUUGCUACUUAUGCUCUGUAAAUCCCUCAUAACAGCUCUAACCUGGGAUGCUGUUUGUUAAUUGGUGAUUUUUAAGGCUGGUAACUCUAAAUGAACUUCUCCUCUGCAGCAAAGGUAACUCUAAAUUAACACUAAAUUAGGCAAACAUUUGUACUGUAAUUGGUAAUCUGUUUCACCUGGCAGUCAUCUGUGUGUACACAGACAACUAAAUUAACGAGCAACACAGAACAGGUGACAAGCUAAUCAUAUUGAGUGAAACAGGAAUUUAAAAUAAAAUCACAUGAUGCAAAGGGAUAAAAUGUGAGUACAUCAAAACAGACUUAAAAAUGUGUUUUUAAAAUUCACCUGUGUUAGUAAACCAGUUACCAGAGUAGCCUUUAGUAAAUAUGGCCUUCGAUCACUUGUGAAGUUUUCAAAUACCUCAAACAUAUUUGUAGCAUUUCUCCUGCACCUUGUUCUCCAGUCCUCUAUCCUACCCGAUACCAGCCCAGACAUUUUCUCUGUGCAUGUCUGCUCUUUCUAACUGCAUGAAACCUGACUGGUAAAACUAUCCAAAGCAGCUGGCAACUCAUCCAGAUGUAAAGAAGAAAAAAAAAAAAAACUAAGAACAAUGCUCCAGUCAUUAGCAUAUUCAUCUGCACUGGCAGCGUUAGAAAAAGUCCUGGUACAUGGGCAGUAUAGUCAAUAAAGCUGGUCAAGUGGGUGCUGUUAUCCUGUGUAAGUCCUGUGGUCAGCUUGUUCUUGCACAGAGUUCUUACAUUAUACUAUGGGGAAUGAAUGAGUAAUGUCCCAUCUGUGUCUAGCUGCUAGAACUUUACAGUCAUCCCUCCUUUCUCUUGUGACCUCCUAGCCUCUACUGUGUUGGUGUACUCUCUUCUUUUCUGUCCGUGUCCAAAUUGGAGCUGUGCUUCUUUCUCUUGCUUUUUUUUUCUCUGUCUUAGUGGCUUUCUCGUCACUGCUGUUUGUCUUUCAUGUGCAUAGAGCUGUUAGGAAGGGAAAAAAAAUGCAAAUGUCAAAAGAUGUUCUCAGGGAAAGUGUAUAAACCAGGCUGCAUAUCCUAAACAUAUCUGAUUAAAUACAUACUGUACUUGAGGUUUUUAUUUGAUCCUUCCCCUCUCCAUUUUUUUUUGCACUGUAGCCCUGUUAAAUUCACCAGCAGACACAUGUACAUCAACCCAGAACAAAUUGUGUUUAAAUUUAGUCAGUCAGUGGCAACUUGUAGCUAAAACUAGAGCCCAAGAUGUUGAGUGGUUUUCUACCCAUGCUGCAGCUCUUCUUUUUUUGUCUUUGCCUUUUCUAUUUCUCAAUCCACAAUAAUGUUCUAAGCUCCAAGUUCCCUUCCUUUUACUCCUUUUCACCUGCAAAAUAGGGUUUCCACCUCCAUCCAGUCUGACAGCAAAGCCCCCUGGCCUCCCCCCAAAAAACACUCCUGCAUGCUACAGUCUCUUUCCGCUGUCCUGCGCAGUUGUCUUUCUACUGUUUCCUUCUUUCACUGUCUUUGUCCAUUUCUACAAGUUUUUUUUUUUUAAUCUGGAUUGUCCAAGAAUCCAAUGCUGUCCCCCUCCCCUCCGUGAGAAGUCUCCUCACCUUAUUUUUCCCUCCCAAUCGUCCUCAUUGUGUAAGCUGAGUUGAAUGGCCGAGGCAGUGGCAGGAUGACCCUGAGCAACCCCACCCUCCCCUGUAUUCUCUACUACAGAUUCCUGUAAAGACGAGACUGUCCUAGUUAAGUAUAUGCAGGCUGAAGCUCUCCGAGUGACCUGACCACGGGACCACAGCAACUCAGAGAGGAGAACUUUUUCUCUCCAACGUUUCUUGGCUCUGCAGUGGCUCGAAGUCACUUUCCAAAGGAGAAAAGUAUUUAGGUUAAAAGGAAAGAGAAAAAUCAUGAGGAUAAUGGUACUUCAUUUGAAUAUUUUCUUUACAUACCGUGACUGCAAAAUCUCUUGAUUUUUUUGGUCUGAUGACCCUCUCAGAACAGCAAGGGGUCUUUUUUGGACACUUUUUUAAGGACUUAAAGUGUGGACAAUAAUACAUCAGCAAUGAAGGCAUGGGACAAUCUGCUGUUGAUUCAACAAAGAGUGGGAUGACGUUAUUAAUCAACAGUCCAUUAUAUCCACUAACACUUCUAAUGGUAUAAUCUACAAUGUCCUAAGCGACAGUUGUAGAUGGCUUACAUUUUAGCAUGAGUUGCAUGGUGGUAUGUAAAAAAAAAAGAAAAAAAUUGCUUACUGCUGUUAUGAAUAUAUGUAUGAAAAAAACUAUAUUUUCUUUCUUGACUUUUUAAAUACGCUUCAUGUAGCCAUGAUUACAGGAUGUUCAAAGAAUGUACAUUUCUUUGGCAGCGAAGUCUUCAUGUUUCCAUAUUUUCAUUUGUGCUACUAACAACAUGCAAGCCAGGUCUGGUCAUAUUGACCUCAAAACCUGAUUGAGAAGCAAAUCAUUGCUGAGGAGGACAAAAAGAAAUGAUUUUAGCAAGCUUUCUGUGUGGUCAAUUCAGUCCUUUCAUCUUGUUUCUGUUUGGCAUGCUUGUGCUAUUGAAUUUUAAUGAGAAAAAAAAAGAGCAAAUUUAGUUGAUAUUUUUCUGUUUUAUGCUAUAAUAUUGGUGCGUAGAUCAUGUGGAGAGCUAUUGUGAGCAACUGUUUAUUUCAUCUAUUAAGUACAGACUUUUGGCAGUGUUAUUUUUGAAAAAUAAAGGAAUAAAAAAAUGACAAAAAAUGUCAUAGUGUUAAAAGAAAAGAGUCAAGGUGUGUGUUCCACAUCUUUACUCAUAUCUUUUCUUUUAGGUACAAAAAUCAAAAAUUGAUGAAAAAAUUAAAAAAGAUAAAUGUACAGUAUAUUUAAAAACAUAAGAGCACUGUAUGCAAUUUAGAACUGCGGGGAGAGAAUCAGAUGCAUGCACAAUGUUAUGCAAAAAAAUAUUAUAAUAAAAAAGUUCAAAGAUAAAAGAGCACAUGGUUCCGAUUCUAGCAUGAAAUAAAUUUUGUAUGA